UAUUCCGUACAUCGAUCGAUACAGUCUAUAUUCCAGGUCCAUCCAUACUUUCGUUGCACAGGACACUUGUGUACGUGUGUGUACACGUGUGUGUUAUUAUUCCAAGGACAGGCAUUCCGCUACUAGCCAGUAUCAAUCUAUCAUGACGCGUUCGGGAAUAUCCGUAGCGCUACGCCGUACGGCGAAUCUCGCGGGGUGGUGCCUGUUGCUGUGGAGUACCGGUUCCGGUACCGGUCCCACGUUCUCGGCGAAUGCGCAGUUCGCCUGUACGUUUGCGGCGGGAGACGAGCCUUCGUGUAUUGCGGCGACGGCGGAUGCGGGAGCGCACUGCGUCUGGUGUCAGGUGACUAGUUUUGGGUUCUGCGUGACGGAAACGCAAGCGGAAGGCAUGGAGCAGAGUCUGCCCGGCGUCGAAUGCGAACGGUACCAAGGAGAUGACGACGACGCCGCCCCCCAGACGGAUGAUGACAGUGUGGCGCCAACGACGGACGACAAUGUGGUUCCCACGGAUGACGCCAUUCCGGAUGACUUUUGGAAGUGCCUCAAGGCCAAGACGGAAGAAGCCUGCUCCGGUGAUUGUGUCUGGUGCGAUACCAAGGGAGGAUUUGGUCUCUGUAUGACCGGACCCGCUGCCGAGAACGCCGAGGAAUCGGACUGGUUCACCUGCAAACAAAAGUCGCAGGAUGCGCUCGUCGGGCACGACACUACUCCCCUACAAGACCCCUACGACUCCUCCUGUGUCUUGGCGUAUCUGGAAGAUCCCACCCAAGAAGGAUGCACAUCCGCCAUGGAUGAAGACGGAAACGCUUGUGAAUGGUGCGACUUGGCUGGUGUCACCAACCUUUGUUUGAACGAAGAACAAGCCGAAGCCGGCGCGCAACUCGGCAUUACCUGCGACGCUAGUGGCGCUACCACCACCACCAUGUUGCGCAAGCAAGCCGCCCCCGCACAAGACCCCUACGAUCCGUCUUGUCUCGUGGCCUUUUUGCAAGAUCAGUCCCAGGAAAGUUGCUCCUCGGCUAUCGACCAAGAUGGUACCCCGUGCGAGUUUUGCAGCUUGUCCGGAGCCUUGGACCUCUGUCUUACGAAGGAACAAGCCGACGCCGGUGCCGCUUUGGGCAUUACCUGUACCAAGUACCAGAGUCUCGAUGUUGAGGAAGAAGUGGUCGAGGAUGACCCCUACGAUCCCUCUUGCCUGAUGGCUUUUUUGCAGGACGCUUCCAAGGAAAGUUGCACCACGGCCGUCGAUCAAGACGGAGCACCGUGCCAAUGGUGUGACUUGAGUGGUAUUUCCAAUCUGUGCCUCACGGCGUCGCAAGGGGAUAUGGCGCAGCAAUUCGGUAUUACUUGCGAACCCAACGCCGACCUGGAUGCUCCGGAUGCCGUUUCGGUAAAAGUCGAAGACGCUGGAGAUCCUUACGAUCCCUCCUGUGCGUUGGCCUUUUUCCAAGAUCAAAGCAAGGAAGCCUGUAUUAAUGCCAUUGACGAAGACGGUAACGCCUGCGAAUUCUGUACGCUUCAAAACGCGCUUGCCCUUUGUUUGACCGAAGAGCAGGCUCAAGUUGGUGAAGGUAUCGGCAUUUCGUGUGAAAAGGAGGAAGCGGAUUUACUCGAUCAAGAAGACGCUGUGGCAAGCGACUUGUACGAUUCGAGCUGUGUCUUGGCUUUUUUGUCGGAUCAGUCACGGGAAAGUUGCUACGAGGCCCUCGACCAAGACGGUGCCCCUUGCAAGUUUUGCAGUUUGUCCGGAGUUUGCGACGAGCAUAAGCAAGCCAUCGAGGUGCAGGAGUCCAGUGGUGCGAGCCGCGUCGGUGAGCUUCAUGUCAUCUCCGUCCAGCAAACCUCCGAGGUGCAGGUGCCCAGUGACUUUUGGGAAUGCCUCGAAAAUUACGAAGAAGAUGGCUGCAACCAGGCGGCCUGUACCUGGUGUAGCUCUGAGGUCGGUAUGGGCUUUUGCUUGGCGGAUCCGGCCGCCCGAGCUUUGGCUGAGUGCAACUUUUUCGAUUGCGACUACAGUCAUGGCGGCAAUGGCAAGGCUGAAAGCCAAGAAAAGAACGACUCGAUCAUCGCUCCCUACGACACGAAUUGCUUGAACGCGGGUAUGCAGGCGGGCAAUGAAGGUGAGGCGGUGUGUGCCGACACCACCGACCUGGAUGGAAAUUCGUGCGUCUGGUGUGACGCUGCUGGUGUAUUUGGAAUUUGUCUCUCGUCGGAACAGGCCUCCCAGGCGGGACAAUUCUUGACGUGUGAGGCGAACACACUUUCGGUGGCUGCGGAAUAAAGACGCGCAGGUCCUACGGAAUUAUUUUGCGGUCGUGCAUUUAAGAUCUAGUACAUACAUAUUCAAAC